GAGCAGCUGCCGGAGCUGAACGUCCACUUCCGCUCCCAGAGCUUCCUCACCUCCAUGUACGCCUCCUCCUGGUUCCUCACCCUCUUCCUCACCACCUUCCCCCUCCCCGUGGCCACCCGCGUCUUCGACAUCUUCAUGUACGAGGGGCUGGAGAUCGUCUUCCGCGUGGGGAUGGCGCUGCUGCAGUUCAACCAGGCCGAGCUGGUCCAGCUGGACAUGGAGGGCAUGUCCCAGUAUUUCCAGAAGGUGAUUCCCCACCAGUUCGACAGUUGCCCCGACAAACUCAUCCUCAGGGCCUUCCAGGUCAAGUACAACCCCAAGAAGAUGAAGAGGCUGGAGAAGGAAUACGCCGCCCUCAAGAACAAGGAGAUGGAGGAGCAGAUCGAGAUCAAGGUGGGACAGGUCAAGAGUUGA